CUCCUCCUCCGGUGUCCCGCGGCUUAAAUAUUCGUCGCUCCGAAGAGAGAAGUCGGAGAUUCCAGGGUGGCUGAUUGUUUACCUUCCACAGGUCAGACGUUAUUAACGCCUGCAGGAUGGAGCGAUUGGGGCACCUACUUUUCCUCUCUACCGUGAGUGUGACUUUAGCACGACCGGCGAUGGAACUACGUCCAAGCUCGCCCGUUAAUGAGCGGCCAGUUAUCGGGAUUUUAACCCAAGAGGUGUCUGAUGAUGACAUGAGACCAUUUGGGAAAACCUACAUUCCUGCCUCAUAUGUGAAGUACAUAGAGUCGGCUGGUAGCCGAGUGGCUCCAAUUAGGUUGAACCUCACCCAAGCUGAAUAUGAGAAAAUCUUCGCGGAAAUAAACGGCCUGCUGUUCAUUGGAGGAGCAGUGGAUCUGGUGCAAUCAGACUAUGCCCUGACUGCAAAGUUUUUUUACAAGCUUGCUGUAAAGGCUAAUGACGCAGGGGACUUUUUCCCGCUGUGGGGAACCUGCAUGGGGUUCCAGCUACUCACAGUCCUGGUGGCAGGAGAGGACCUGCUGACCAACACCACUGCAGAGAACAUUGCCAUGCCUCUCAAUCUGACCGCAGAGGCCCAGUCCAGCCGCAUGUUUGAGAGCUUCCCUCCGGACCUCCUCAGGUCUCUGACCCAGGAGCCUCUGACCGGAAACUUCCAUCACUACGGAGUAACGGAGAAGGUGUUUCAGGAGAAUGCCCGACUGAGGGAGUUCUUUUCCGUGUUAUCCACAAAUGUCGCUGAGGACGGAUCGGUCUUUGUCUCCACAAUGGAAGGACGGCAGUACCCCUUCUACGGUGUGCAGUGGCAUCCGGAGGUCAACCGUUUCCAGUGGAACCCCAAGUACCACUUCCCCCACUCAGUGAACGCCGUCAGCCUCUCAGCGCUACUCUCUGACUUCUUUGUCAACGAAGGUAGGGCGUGUGCCGUUAGUAGACACUGCACAGUGAUACGGAGGACUACUGCAGGAAGAGUUCUCAUCACUUUGCCAACCUUGAGGAAGAAAAUGAGGCUUUGAUCUACAGCUACAACCCUGUUUACAUCGCAAACUUUACCGGAUACGAACAAGCCUAUUUCUUCUGAGUGAGAGAAAGUGAGAAAUGUGUAUGCACAGAAGUGUUUUGACGUUCCACACAGAGUCACUCAAGCAUCUUAUGUGAACGCUUCCCUUUUAUUUGUUUAAAUAAAUGUUUUAUUUUGGAGAA